AUGAUAUAAUAGAUUAAAUAUUAUAAAUUAGAAGAACUUUUAAACACUUCACUUUAAUCUGAUUAGGUUCUCCAUAUUUAUCUGAGUUGGAAUUAAAUUGGCGCAUCUGGUUCAUAAAGCUUAGGUUCUGUUUUAGCAAAUUACACUAAUCUCUCAAAUUUGACACUUGAACUUAGUAAGAAUUAAAUUGGUGCAAACAGUGCAUCAGGAUUAGGCUCUGCUUUAGCAAAUUGCACUAAUCUAUCAAACUUGAUACUUAAACUUAGUGGGAAUGAAAUUGGUGUAACUGGUGCAUUAGACUUAGGCUCUGCUUUAGCAAAUUGCACUUAGCUCUCAAAUUUGACACUUGAACUUAGUGGGAAUAAAAUUGGUGCAACUGGUGCAUCAGGAUUAGGUUCUGGUUUAGCAAAUUGCAUAAAUCUCUCAAAUUUGACACUUGGUCUUGGUGGGAAUGAAAUUGGUGCAACUGGUGUAUCAGAUUUAGGUUGUGCUUUAGCUAAUUGCACUAAUCUCUCAAAUUUGGAUUUUAGUCUUAAUUGGAAUGAAAUUGGUGCAAAUGGUGCAUCAUGCUUAGGUACUGCUUUAGCAGAUUGCAUUAAACUUUCAAAUUUAACACUUGAUCUUUGUGGUAAUAAAAUUGGUGCAACUGGUUCAUCAGAAUUAGGUUCUGCUUUAGCAAAUUGCACUAAUCUCUCUAAUUUGACACUAGAUCUUAGUAAUAAUUAAAUUGACGAUUAAGGUACAUCAGGAUUAGGUUCUGCUUUAGUAAAUUUCACUAAUCUCUCAAAUUUGGCACUAGAUCUUAGUAACAAUUAAAUAGGCUCAACUGGUACAUCAAGCUUAAGUUCUGCUUUAGCAAAUUGCACUAAUCUCUCAAAUUUGGGUCUUUAUCUUAAGUAAAAACAGUUUAUUUGUUUUGGAUUAUGA